CUAAGAAACUAAUAUUAAUGUUGCACGCUGUAGCUUAUAUGUAAAUUUGAUAACCUAGGAUUUUAAAGAGAUUAUUCGAAUUUAUUUAAUUUGAUAAGCCUAAACUACAAGCAUUGCAAGUGCUGCCAGGAUGCCACAGACUGUUUAUAUUUGGACUAAGCCGUUCACUUGGUUGAUUAGAGGUUACCUAAGCGUUCCAGGUAGAGAGAAAAUUCGCUUCCAAGUGUCUGAUUGAGGGCACAGGCGAACAGCGACCUCAGACAGCACAUGAUGGAAGUAUGUCAGAAAGUCCAUUUCGACAUCGUGUGUGCUUCUCAUGCGAAACAGAAGACUGAUUGAAAGAGACACUGAAGAUGACAAAUCGGGCAGCGGAAGUUAGUCGAUCGAUCGCUCAGAGUAAAUCAGUUUGAUAGCUGAGCUGUUCAAUUGUAGUUGUCUUCCUGAUUGGCUAUUUACGUAUCAGCGAACCUGUUUCUGAUUUAAUUUAUCUUGACUUUCGUCGGAGAAAUGAGCUGCGUAAUGUUAGCGGAGUAUGCGGGGUGUCUAUGUAGGCAUCUUCAACCAGUGAAGUUGCAGUGUAUUGUGCUCGGGUCAAACAAACAUUUUGAUGUUCACGCAUAAACGUGCGUGAGCGCUCCUCCGUGUUCGCCGCCCAGAAGAUGAUGGAGCUAAAGUUUGAUCGGACUCCCACGGAAAAAGAGCUCGUCUUUCAGUCCAAGGAACUCUGUAUAGACUUCAUUCACUCCAGAAUCGUAAGAGAAGGACUAAGUUGGUCAAAAGUCGAGUCUGAUCUGCCUGAGCCACACGGAGCUCUUGUAGAUGUAUCUGUGGUGCUGCUAAAACUGGGUAAGAGAACCAGGAGUGAGUGUGAAUUGAUGCUCUUAACAGGUGAUGAACUUGAGUGUAUGCGCCCGUAUGUGUAUCGUAAUAUCGCAAAGCAGCUGAACAUCAGUGUAGCAGUGGAGGCUGUGGUGUCAGAUGCUUUUCUCUCUGUAGCAACUGAGAUCCUAGUCAUGGGGAUCACAUGGGGCAAAGUGGUGGCCAUCUAUGCUGUAGCCGCCGGGCUGGCCGUGGACUGUGUGCGGCAGGGCCAUCCAGUCAUGGUGCACACCAUAGUGGACAGUCUGGGCGAGUUUGUGCGCAGGAACCUGGUCCCAUGGCUCAAAAAGAGAGGAGGAUGGCGGGACAUUUUAAAAUGUGUGGUGAACAUGGACUCUAGAGCUCGUGCCCACUGGUUAUCAACAGCUGUGUUCACAUGGAGGAAAUUCUUAAAGACCAUGUACAUCUACCUGACGAAGUAGCCUCAUGCAGGAAAUCAUCCUGUUGACUGAGAACUGAAUCUUUCCUUCCCAGGACUGUUUGAAUGGUCCUUUGUACUGUUCUUGGAGCAAACGGCCCUUCACAAAGGACAUUGCACGGCACCCGGGUUCAACUGCACCUUUAUCCUCUUUUACCUUUUAUUAUUUCUUUAAAAUACACUAUGCAUAGACUCAAAACAAAUACUAUGAGCUGACAUUGUGGGGGUGACACUGUGAAGGAAUGUGUGCUAUAUUCGUUGCUGGAGCUACAUAAUAUUUGUCUUCCUUAGUUUAAACUGACCCAGAAAUAUGGUAUGCCGGUAUUUGAGCUCAUUUUGUGCUGACACAUUGUGUGGAUUCCUUACACUAAAGUUUUAUACUGAAUAUCUGUGGUGAUGAGUGAAACAUUUUCAUGUUUGACAAUCUUCAGAUUUUUAUUUAUACAAAAUUGCUUAAAAUGAUGUUUGGAGUGUCACUUUGCACUUACAGUUGUACAGUUUGUGUGGUGUGUGAAACACUGUUGUCACCAGCUGUAUACAUCCUAAAAUAAAGAUUUUAAUGUGUGAACUGAGAAA